CAGGGGAGAAGGAGUGUCCACACAGCAGAGGAGGAGGGGAGCUUACACAGCAGAGGAAUAGCAGAGAAGGAGGAGGGGAGCCGCCGACGGCAGAGUGCACAUAACAGAGCAGAAGGAGUGCCCGCACAGCAGAGAAGGAGGGGAGUUGCAGACAGCAGAGGAAGGGUUGAGGCACACAGCAGAGGAGUAGCAGAGCGCACAUAACGGAGGAGGAGGAGAGUGGCACACAGCAGAGCACACAUGACAGAGAGGUAGCAGAGCACGCAACAGAGCAGGAGCGGAGCAGCAUCUAAUAGGAGUGUAGAAGGACACACAAUUAGGGAGAAUCAGAGACACAGAGGACACAUUAUUAAUAGAACAGAAGAGAGGAGGAGCGGAGCUGCACACAACAGAGGGGAGGAGCAGCAGGCAGAGAUAACAGAGGAGGAGCAGAGCAGCACAUAACAGAGGAGGAGCGGUGCAGUACAUAUCAGAGGAGGAGCGGUGCCACAGGCCUAGGUUAGGACCAGAAUCUCACAGGUGCAGAGUGUACAGCCCUCAGGUGAAUGCAAAAAGACUGAAGAAAAACUGCAAAGCACCUAAGACAUCAAAGCCAUUAGAAGAGCAGCACAAGGAGCAACAUAACAAAAUGUGAAAAAAGUCAAAGGGUCUGAAGGCUUUCGGAACGCCCUGUAGAUAACCCAUUGUGUGCCGCUGCAGGACACCCCUGGACUCUCCUCCGUAGUUAAGAGGACGAGGUUGCAGGAUGGCGCCACUCUCCCUGGUCACGGAGCAGCAGAUUUUGCUUAGUUAAACAUUCACUAAACGACCAGUGACCUUCAGAGCAGAAACUCGCUCAGGUCUUUUAGUAUUACGUUUAUAUCUGUUCCUGGGAAAGCUGGGUGACAACCACAAUGGCUUCUGUUACGGUCCUCACGCACGUCUACAAGAACCAGAGAGGAAUUUCGUGUGACUCCACUAUGUUAAUGGAAAUAUCAUCAUCUGGAUUUGGAGAUCUCGCCAUGAAGGUUCUACAUAUUGAAUCUUCCUCCCAACAUGAAACCAUGGAGUUUGCUCGAAAGAACGCAGCCAACUUCCUAUCUCUGGCAAAUUUACUCAUGGGUCUCUUGUCCGUACUCUGCACUCUGAAUGGGAUGUGGCAGUGCUCCGCUUGGCUGCUCCUGUUUGGCUUCAUGUUGGAUCUGGCUGACGGAGCUGUGGCUCGGCAACUCAACACCUGCUCAGCUCUAGGGGCCAAACUGGAUGACUUUGCUGACUUCACCUCAUUUGGGUUAGCCACGGCUUUACUGCUCCACACCAGUGGCUUCUUGGAUGCUCUUCUGGUCGUCGUCUAUGUCCUGGCUGUUUUCACUCGUCUUUGUUUUUACUCCAGUGGGAUCCCCUUCAUGUACAGAGGACUCCCCUGUACUUAUGCAUCCGCCAUCUUGGCAUGUGCCUCAUUACUGACAGGAAACCAUACAGUUCUCCUGCGAAUGAUAGCUGUCAUUAUGAUCUUCUUCAUGAUUGACCAAGGAAUCUACCCACAUGACAAGAUCCUGGAGUCACAGCUUUGGAAGAAGAUGGUCUUCGCAGGGGGUGUCAUCGCCAUGCUCUGUUCCUUCUCCCCCCUGGCGUGUUUAUACCAUUUGGUUUGGUCUCUAUCCUACAUUCUCUUCCCAGAAGCCCUGUGGAGCUUCAAGGUGUGACGUCCGGGUGGCAGAGUCCGUGCUGUCCGAUAACCGCGUGUGUUACAGCGCGGGCAGCACUGUGGUGUGAUAAGCAGUAUUAUGUAAUGGAGGACGGCGGUAUGGUGAUACUAUCGUAGGUCUCGGGGUGGGUGAUAUUGUGUCAUUUAAGGUCAUUGCCAGUGUCUGGGGCUUGGAUCAUCUUAGAAUAACGAGCAUCAUUUACUGUGGUCGCCAUCUUAGUCCUCGGCUCCUGCCUUUACCAUCCCUGAGACCAUCACAUACCUAGUCAACCCGUGCAUCUGGCACCAGCUCGGCCAUGCAGUGAAGGGGUGAAAUUUUGCUGUAUAUAGAUUGUACAGAUGUGAUAUAUUCUGAGUCAUUGAGAUACAAUAAAUACCGUUUGAUCUGUA